GGCUGACAACUUUGUGAAGUACUGUAACCAAUUUUAGUGAUUUGCGACAAGUUUUUAUUUAACCAUCUUAAAAAAAAUUCUAAGUGUUGAGUACGGAGAACGUGUACUAUUUAUAAUAAAUAAAACAAUUUUUUAAUUUUAAUUUACUUAAUAUGGUCAAAGGAAAAAUCAAUGGAACUCGGCAUUCAAUUCAAACAAAAGUUAAAAUAGCUCAUAAGCUAAACUCUGGAGCAAAGAUAAAUGAUCUAAGUUGUGAAUAUCGAAUAAGUGAAAAAAGUGUGCGUAAUAUUAAAAAGCAAGCGGAAAAACUGCGAAGUUUUCACGAAAGUUCAGUAUCCAACAAUGUUUUAAAAUCCAGAAAAAAUAUGAAAAAAGCUCAACAUCCUCUGUUAGAAAAAAUAUUAUUCACAUGGUUCACACAAGCAUGUGAAGCCGGUAUUCCUAUCACUGAUAAUUGGAUUGAACAUCAUGCAAAACUGAUCUAUAAAGAAUUAGGCGGACAACAUUGAUUUGUCGCCAGCACGGGAUGGGUAGACAACUCCAAGGCACGCCAUGGAAUUCGUCAAUUAUCAAUGCAAGGAGAAAAAUUAGCAGAAGAUGAAGAAGGUGCUAAAAAUUAUCAAGAUGAGUUUUCAUGGUUCAAGCAGCAAUUUAAUUUCAAGUUAGAAAAUAUAUAUAAUGCUGAUGAAACAGGAAUAAAUUGGUGUUCUUUACCACGUAAAACAUUAGCUUCUGGGACAGAAAAAUCUUGUGCAGGAGGAAAAGUGAGAAAAGAUAGAACUACGGCUUUGGUUUGUGCUAAUGCUUUUGGAUCGCAUGCAUUGCCAUUACUUAUUAUCGGCAAGUAUUCAAAACCAAGACCAUUAAAAAAUUUAGCUGUACUACCUGUCAUAUAUAAAUGUCAAAACUCUGCUUGGAUGGAUAAGGAUAUUUUUAUGGAUUGGUUUAAAAACCAUUUUAUACCUUCUGUUUACACCCGACAGGAAGAAGAUGGAAAAACAGAAAAAAUAUUACUGUUACUUGAUAAUGCCCCAUCGCAUCCCAAUAUUGAAGCAUUAAAUUCAAUCGAUGCAAAUGUUGAGGUACAAUACUUGCCAAAAAACACAACACCUCUAAUUCAACCGAUGGACCAAGGUAUCAUUGAAUAAAUGAAACGACUUUAUCGUAAAAAACUUUUACAAGGAUUGUAUAAUGAUGAUCAAAAUUCUCACAAUCCUGAUGCUUAUUUAAAAAAGUAUGAUUUCCGUAAGUGCUGUAUUACAAUUGCAAGUACAUUUUCAGAAUUAAUUUCAGAUAAUUUGAAAGCUGCGUGGAAAAAAUUGUUACCAAAUGAUAUUUCUUUUUCUAACAAAAAGUGUGAAAAAGAUGCUAACGAUAAUUUUAUCACCAAAGAUGAAGCUGUGAAACAAUUAUCAGUUAUUAAUGACUACAAAUUAACGGAGUUAAUUGAAUAUCUUGAUCAAGAUAAAAAUGACCUUGGAUGGAGGAUAAUGAAUUUCAAGCAAGUGACUAAAGAAGUAUUGUUGGCAAAUAAAGAUGAUUUGCCAGAAAAUUCCGUUCUUAGUGACGGACAUUCUAAGGAGAAUCAUGCUGAUCUGAACGAUCAAGUUGAUAAAGCUGUCGAAGCUUUAGAUACAAUUAAAACAUUUGCAAAUAAACAUCUCAAUUGCAGUGAAGAAAAUCAAGCGCAAAUUCACUGGGCCAUCAGCAUUUUGAAGGAAGGUUUUUCAGAAAUUCGUAGUGAAAAAAUAGCUAAUAAUAGUUUGAUAGAACUUCUGAUGAAAAUAAUAAGAUAAGUUCAUCGACAAUUGAUGUUAAUAACGAUAAUUUAAGUAA